AUAGUAUACAAUUUUGCGGUUGUACGGUCUCUGGCGAAGCAAGUUUACGUUGCGGAGGGACUGGCACCACCCAAGUCCAUUGCAGAGGUCAAGGUUGCGUACAAGGAGAUCUGGGAGUCGACCCUCAAGUGGCGGCAGCUAAACUUUGCCAAGGUCGGCGUGUAUGCGCUAGAGGCAUAUGGUAUCUUCAAAAUUGGGGAGAUACUCGGAAGGAGAAGCUUGAUAGGGUACAAUGUUCAAUAGAUGAUGCGAUAGAGAAAAUUGACAUUCAUUCGUCUUUAUUUAUUCGUGAGAAAGUAAAUAGCGGCUAUUCCAACGACCACCAUGUCUGCUCCACCUCGUAGCCCUCUUUCUGUCGUUUUUCUGCUGCAUAUUGCAGUCGAAAUUCCUCUAGCAAUCCAGGGCGUAUGGUCCCCUGCCACGCUGCCUUUUCUGCAGCUCACCAACACCACCUUGGUCCUUCUCAAGUUGUAUGCAUCCUUGGCUCUGGCGUCGUGCAUAGUUGCGCUAUUGUGUUUUCCGUUGCCAGAAUUUCUUCCAGGUAAACGAGCUUUGGCAAUGGGUCUAUGUGUAUACCAUAGUUCAGCUUCUACCGUCCUUUACUACGCCCCUCGUUUCAUUCCCUACUCGUUCGGACCCUUCUUCGAGCAGUAUCGCAUCACCCCAGAAACUGCGUGGGGAACAAUCCAUGGGCUGGUUGGUCUUGGAAUGGUUGUGUGGUGGCAAUUGACCCUACCCUACGUUCAAAUGGGCCAGGCCCGCUAGAUAAAGGCUGUAACUGUAUACUUAUCUACGUUGGCCAUUUAACGAAUGCAUCUGUUCCGAUAU